GUAGUAUAUAUACGUGACCUUGUCUCACUCUCUCUCUCCUCAACACCUCUCCUCCUCCCGAGCAAUUUUCUCUCUCUAGGGUUUCGAUUUCAUUUUCACUGAACCAGUGGACCAACUGAAGCACACCUGCUUGCUGCUACUUCUUUUCGGGUUGAUUUUCCCUUCGGAUCCUUCAUCUUCAACAGAGCUUCGGAUUCCUUCCUCCACUCCAAGAAUCUUCGGUCUCUUUCUUUCUCUCCGACCGGCUAUGGGCGCUCCGUGAUUCCUCGGAUAUUGCGUUCGGAAGCAAGUGUUAGGGUAAUGCUGUUCCUUGGACCUUGAAUGGUUGUUACGAUGGACCUAAAUGCUUCACCCCAACCCGAAGAAGAUGAGGAGCCCUUUGAAAGGCAUAUAGAAGAACAUGCGGAAAGAGAAAAACGAACGGGGUCUGGGGUUGAGAUAUCAAGACGGGAACGUGAGGAAAGAAGGAAAAGAAUAAGAAUGGACAAGCCAAUGUCUCUAUCGCAGCCAGCUAUGCAUAAUCAGUAUUAUCAGAAUGGAAAUACGAAAGCCUAUGAUAAAAACAGGAUCCCUCAAGGUUGGCUAGAUUGCCCUGCUGCUGGUAAUGAAAUAGGGUGCAUCAUUCCUUCGAAGGUUCCCCUUAGUGACGUUUACAAUGGUCAAAUUCUCCCUGGUAGAAGGUACUCUUUUAAGCAAGUGAUCCAUAACCAGAGGAUAUAUGGAAGAAAACUUGCUCUAGUAAUCGAUCUGACAAAUACGAGUCGUUACUAUCCUACAUCAGACUUGAAGAGAGAAGGCAUCAAGCAUGUAAAGAUCGCAUGCAAAGGUCGUGAUUCUGUGCCAGAUAAUGUGUCUGUGAAUACCUUCGUGAACGAGGUUAAUCAGUUCGUCUCAAAUCAAAAGCACUCAAAAAAAUACAUUCUCGUGCACUGUACACAUGGGCACAAUCGGACAGGGUAUAUGAUAGUUCAUUAUCUUAUGCGUUCCAUGCCAAUGACUGUUACACAGGCAUUAAAAAUUUUUUCUGAUGCCCGCCCUCCAGGGAUCUAUAAACCAGAUUAUAUUGAAGCUUUGUACACAUUUUAUCACGAAAUAAAGCCUGAGGGUAUUAUUUGCCCACCAACCCCUGAGUGGAAGGGGUCUGCAGAGCUUGAUCUUAAUGGUGAAGCUUUACCUGAUGAUGAUGAUGAGGAUGGUCCUACUGCCCCUGUGCAAGAAAACCAUCAGGUGGUCGAUGUCAGGAUGACGAAUGAUGACAUUUUGGGUGAUGAAAUACCUACUGAUCAGGAGCAAGGUUUCCGGCAAUUCUGUUACCGGAUGCUCAUGCUGAAUAUCGGGGGAAGAGGAUGUCCGCAGUUCCCAGGUUCACACCCUGUAUCUUUAAACAGGGAUAACUUGCAACUCUUAAGGCAGCGCUACUAUUAUGCCACAUGGAAGGCAGAUGGUACUCGAUAUAUGAUGCUAGUAACGAUAGACGGGUGCUAUUUGAUAGAUAGGAGCUUUAGAUUUCGAAGGGUACAGAUGCGGUUUCCCUGGAAGCCCCCAGCUGAAGGCGUAUAUGAGAAAUUGCACCACUACACAUUGCUCGAUGGAGAGAUGAUUAUAGAUACCGUACCAGAAAACCAGAAGCAGGAGAGGAGGUAUCUCAUCUAUGAUAUGGUAGCAAUCAACGGCCAGUCUGUCGUAGAGAGACCUUUCUGUGAAAGAUGGAAGAUGCUGGAGAGAGAAGUGAUAGAACCCCGUAAUCAUGAGAAGUUCCGAAGUCAUUGCUACAGAUAUGAGCUGGAGCCUUUUAGGGUACGGAGAAAGCACUUUUGGUUGCUUUCUGCUGUUGAAAAGGUCUUGAAGGGUUUCAUUCCUUCGCUUUCACAUGAAGCAGAUGGCCUAAUAUUCCAGGGAUGGGAUGACCCUUAUGUUCCCCGUACUCAUGAAGGUCUUUUGAAGUGGAAGUAUCCCGAGAUGAACUCGGUUGACUUUCUCUAUGAGAUGGAUGAGGAUGGCCGUAAAAUGCUCUCUCUGUAUGAAAGAGGGAAGCAAAAGGUCAUGGAAGGGAAUUCAGUUGUUUUUAAAGCGGAUGAUUCCGACCCUGCAAGUUACUCGGGGAAGAUUAUCGAGUGUUCUUGGGAUCAGGACGAACAGGUCUGGGUUUGCAUGCGAAUCAGAACCGACAAAUCAACUCCAAAUGAUAUCAACACGUAUAGGAAGGUGAUGAGGAGCAUAAGGGACAACAUCACAGAGGAUGUGUUGCUGCAGGAGAUUGUGGAGAUCAUUCGGCUACCAAUGUACGCUGACCGAAUUCAAACGGACAGUAAAGCUGCACGCCGCAGGUGAUUAAACCAUGCGAUCUCUCUCCCCAAACUACUAAUUGCCCUUCAACUCACAUCCUGUUAAUGUCUGGUAUGUCGUACUCAAAUCUGUAAAACCGGUUGGGGUUGGGGGUUGGGAGCAAUAGAGAGAACCAUUGCCUAAUGCACAUAUACAUAUUUGAAAACGUUCAGAUCAAAUAGUAAUAUUUGUAGCAGCCAGUAGAGUGCUUUAGGAUGAUGUUGUUGUAAUCUGUUUCACAUUUUCCUUCAGAAUUGGGUAGCCAUUGUUUUUUCAUGGAGUCCCUUGUGAACUUGUCAUUGUUUCUUGAUUUUAUGGCAAUUUGGGCAUAUGCAUUUUGUUGUA